GCCCCAUCCUAUUUUUCUCACAAAUAAACUCGAGAAAUUCUUAACAAAUCCUUCACACAAACAAGAGAAUAUAUAUUGAAAUUCAUCAAAUCCGAAAUUUCUCAUCGUACAAAUCAUCGCAUGGAUUUUCUCAGUUCCGUGAUCCUUGUCCGGUAAUUCUCUCUUCAUUGAUCCAAUCACGCCAGGCGUUGCAUUCCUGCGGUUUGUACAUGCGUCGUGAUUUUUGGCUGAGGUCGAUGCCAAGUGGAGUUGAGGAGGUUUGAAUGAAUCCAAGGAUCAAACUGAUUUUUUUAGCGAGGAUUUCGUAGCGAGAUUUUUGCGAGAGUUAAAGCAUCAGAUGAGAAUGGAUAAUAAUCUGGAGUUGAAAUUCUUGUCGGGAGAUUUUUGAUUUAUUUCAUAUGCAGAUCUGUUGUUUCAGAAGAAUAUUAGGGUUUCUUCGUGUACUCAGUUAUUCUACCAAACAUGCGUAUCCUCUAAAAAAAAUACCUAGUUUCAGCUGCUCUAAGAUAAUCUUCCGACUUUGAUCACGGUUUAUGCUUCUAACUAAAGUAGCAAGAGUGUUUGAUUGAGAAUUCAGCUCAAUCUGAUUUACACGACUUUUGGGUGGGUGCUGAUUUAUAGCUCUAAUUGGGAAGUCAUCAGUUGAGUCGGUUUGAUUUUUCCUCAAUCCUCCUCUGCCUAAUCUUUAUAGGGUGAUUUAUUUUCUUCAAUUGUAAUUAUGGUGUUAGAUUUGUUUGACGGUUAAUUUUAUGUUUGGUUUCUAGUGGAGUCAAGUCUGAUGUGGGUUUUGACAAUCUUGGAUUAUAUGAAGACAGGGUGCUUGUAGCUGGGAACUGUACGCUUAAGGUUAAAACGUUCCUUCUUGCUUGAAUUGUGACGGUCUCCGACGAAUUUAUUCAUGUGAAUGCAUAAGAAUAUGGAAACUAACACAUGCAAUGUUAAUCACUUGGAUGCGGAUGCACAUCUGCCACCUCGAAAGCGGCUUCUAGCUGGAUUGAAGAGGCAGAAUUCUGAUGUUAAUUCCCCCACAGCCACAGCAUCAACUCCUAGUAGUGGUGGGAGCGAACAUGAUGUCCGUUCCAAUAAUGCAUUGAGGUCCCAUUUGCGUGAUCCAAGUCUCUCAAAUGAGGAGAUUGUUGAAAUCUCUAGAAUCGCUGCUAAUAAAGCUGCGAAGGCUGCAGAGGUUGCAAGAGCCAAUGCUGAAGAGAAGGCUGCAAAAGCAGCAAAGGCAGUGGCUGCUGCCAAAAGUGCCUUGGAUCUGGUUGCCAUUCUUUCCGAUGAGACAGGUAACAAAGAAAAACUUCUGAAAAAGAACAAGAUGAAGAAGCAUGUCACUGUUGAAGCAUUGUACAAUAAAAAUGAAAGCAGUCCAGGAACAGAUGAAGAAUUGGCUCGCAAUUUGCAUCGGGUCAUCAACAGCUCUCCAAGAAUUUUGAAGAACUCACCAGGUUCUGAAUCGAAGAGUCAUAAGCAUAAAAAACUGAAAAGUUCUGCUUCUUCUGGGAGAACUAGCAUUACUAAUGAAGCUCCAGUUGGCGAAGGGGAUAGAGAUAGACAGUCCGCAGCAAGAAGCAUUGGUAAUGGUGUAGUAGAAUUAGACACUGAAAGUCCUGUAAGGAAGAUAGGCAUGAUUAUGGUAGAUUUGAACACUUCCAAGCAUGACAGCUGCGAUCAGCUAAAGUUGGACAAUGGAGAUGGAUCACGCCUCAGUAAAAUUGAACGGCUGAAGUUGGAUGACGGUGAAGUCUUGGAUAGCAUUAGUAGAAAGAGGGGAAGAAUUAAGCAGAAGAAAUUGCCCCUGAGCAUUUGUAGCUUCAAGGAUCAAACUAGUCCAAAAGAGGAGCUGAAACCUCAGGGUAAUGCUGUCAGAAGUGGUGUAGACAAUCAGCCCUUGUUCUCAAUGGGGCCUUCAAGUAACAGUUUGAUGCCUCCGGUGGAGAGGACAUCAUCAAUGUGGAAGUGCCAGUCCUUCAAAGCACCCGCUUGUGUUAAACAGAAUAAAGUUAUGCAGUCAUAGUGUUGAUAGUUUGAUUUAAACAACUGGAGGCUAUCAUGAUAGGAAUCGUGGCCAAGGUAGUUCUCGGUUAUGUCUUUUUGGUACGCAUAAGGCCCUCUUUUUUCCCUUUUUGUGUUUUUCUUCUCCCCCCUCCCUGUGUGUGAGUAGGCUGUCAUGAUUUUGAAGUUAAAUGUAUAUUGGACUUGAUUGCUCGGGA